AUGGCAGAUGGAAGUGACGAGGUCAUUCGAGACUACACUCCGGAUCCCAACGCGACGUGGCGAAAUGGGAGACCGGACUACUUUCUAGUAAAUCGGACCUUCUUCGACCAUCGAUCGCUGGAGCACGAAGUAGGCUCACUGGAAGCGGUGGUCAGCAAACUGAUAAAGAACUGGGCGGUGGAAGCCCAUCACGUUGCAGACGUUCAUUUAUGGAAGACUAUGGACAUCUCCAAGUUUCAGGCUGCUUUAAAUGGAGCAUGCCCGUUCCUUGCCCAACAAAUGUCAGACUUGGGAUCGUGCAACUUGUUCCUGGGUCAGACAAGAGAAUACAAUUGCCGCAUACAUAGCUUUGAGACAGCUCAGAAGAUCUUCCGCACUGCAUUCCCGAUGGGCUUCGCCUGGGAAUGCCUUGAGGUGUUCUCUGGGCCUCCAACUGUGGUCUUCAAAUGGAGACACUUUGGGAAGUACACUGGCGUUUUCACUGACAAAUCUGGGAAAAAGUACAAAGGCAAUGGAAAGAUGCUCAGCAUCGUCGGCAUGUGCAUUGCAAAGGUUAAUGCUGAACUUCUGAUCUCGGGCCUAGAUGUUUACUACAACCCGGACUCUUGGGAGGCAUUUGCUUGUGCACAUGAAUGA